AUGGCUGAAGUUUCCCAAAAUCCGUCGAGAACUGUCUUGGUAGCAGUAGACAACAGUGAAUACAGUCUGGAAGCGUUCGAAUGUGAGUACACAGGAGUACGGCAAAAAAUCUAACGUGCAUGUGCCUGUUCAUACUGAAUUAUUAACGUGCCACCUUUCACGAAUUCAGCUGUAAGUUAAUCACACGCUUUAGUCGAACUCGAAAAACGGUUUUUAAUCUCAAAAAGGAAACAUGUCAGUGCUAAUGUCUUCGGAUUUUAAAAAUGGUUUUCCCCCGCAUCCUAAAUUUUAACAUGGUUACGCUGCCCAUUUCAGGACAACUUUGAUCUGCUUUCAUUACACUCAUUAAAUAUUCAUUAUAAGUUUAAAUUUAAUGCUUAGUUUUAUUUAUAUUUCUUUUAUUCGUCGUUUUUUGUCUGUUUUUCAGUAAUAUUAUAAUACGACUUGGAAUGCUUGGAAUGUUUUUUACAACCAUGAACAUUAGCAACAAGAUAUCCCAUUAACCCACAAAACCAUCAUACCUCUUAGCUACUACCCCCCCCCCUCCCACCCCCGACAAUAGAGGUACUCAUUCAAAAGAAAAAAGGAGUUUGCAGAUCUCCAAAAACAGAAAAAUAUAGAUGGAGAAAGAUAGGUAAGGGAAGGGGAGGAGAGGAGAAGGAAGGGGCAGGGGGUGGGGGUUGGUAAGCAUGAUUUCACCUGGAGAUGGAUAAAAUCUAAAAUUCAGACAAGAUGAAAAAAAUCCAAGGAUUCCCAACUCCAGGGAAGGAGGAGGGCCUCUCAGACAUCAUUCAUUAAUUAUUUAAUUUAUAAAGUACCAUUUUUGUUUUUAUAAUGUGCCAUCUGUGAUGAUGCACAGCUAAUAGAUCUAAUUCACUUUUCCAAAUCCUGACAGGGUUCCUGGCGAAUAUCUACAUGAAAGGAAUGGAUGAAAUUAUUCUAUUGCAUGUAGCAGAACAACCACAUGUUCCAUUUUUAGCUGGUAAGUGCCCACAUUGUCCCUCAUAAAUAUAUACUAAAGUGAUUGACGACUGUGUUUGAAAUAAAUUAAUUCCUGAUAUUUUUGAGCAACAGGCUGAAGCGGUUUUUGUAGUAAUUUUUUUUUUUUCGGGGGGGGGGGGGGGUUGGGAAAACCCCCCAGGGGGGGAACAUUGGGGGGGCCCCAAUCUGGGAAUAUGGGGAAACCCCAAAAAAAAAUUGGCAAACCCCCGUAAAACCAACACAAAAUGCGAAAAAAAACGUAUCACGAAUUUGAUAAAUUUAACUUUUAUUUUAAAUAAUUGUUGUUGUUAUUUUUUGUGAUGAGUGGGGUUGGGUUUUUUUUGUUUUUUUUUUUUGUUUGGGGGGGGGGGGGGGGAUUGGUCAAAUCCCCUAGGAUGGAGACAUUGGGUGGUACCCAAUACUGGACAUAGUGGAAUACCACAAGAAAAAUUGGCAAAUACCGAUAUACCAAGUCCAAAAUUGACAAAAUACUGAUACCGCAUUUAUGAUCAGUCAAGCUUACUUAAAGUUGCUUCCACCUAGCGUAAUGACGCCCCCUGUCAACAUGUGUUAAGUGAAAGACAGUCUUCAUAAAGCUACCUGAGAGUGAAUUUUUUUUAGUAGUAAAGCAAAGCAUUCAUGAUGAGCUCAACUGCAGCAUACAAGACUGUACCUGUCUAUAUUUCCUUUAAUUGUUCACUUUUUCUUACUCUCCUUUUCAGAGGUAAUAAAUUACAACCAUUUUUUCAUCAAUACAGACAGUUUGAUCGUAUAAUUUAAAUUAAGAAUACUGGAACUCAUAUUCCAAGGACUAAAGUUUCAAAAUUUUCUGACAGAUGCCUUGGGUAUUGAGGAAUGGAAACAGGAAGUGAAAAAAGUAGAGGAGCAUGUCAGAGCUGUGGAAAAGAAAUUUAUCGAUAGGUGUAAAGAGCUAGAGGUAGGGUUGUGUAGGUGUAGUGAAUAAUAUCUACCACUUCAAUAAGUGAUGCCACCCUCGAAUUAGUGCCACUGAGCCCUAAUAUAAUUGAAAUCGUAAGGCUUCAAUUUUUUUAGUUUAUAGAAAAUAAUAAUAGUGUACGAUACUGUAAUACAAAAAUAAUAUUUUGCAUUUGGUCCAACUUUCAAAUAAAUAUUGUCCUCAAAUAAAUGCUGCCCUUGAAUAUUAGCACCACUUUUGAGGCAUUUAAAAUUUAACAAGAAUGCUCUUACAGCGGUAUUCAGUCACACUUGCUUGGAGAUUAGAUCGAGAAAAAACACAAAACAGGAUUUACCCGCUAAAGGUUUUUUACUUCCUACUUUAUUGAAGUUGGUACUUUUUAUUUGUUUCUGAAUUGAUUUAACGCAUGUUAGUCAUGACCGGAAAUAUGUCUGGAGUCACAGGCUAUACACGUGUAUAAAUACACGAAAAUUCAAGAGCCUCGAUUCCAGAGAAAUAACAUCAUUGCUAGAGAUCAAAAGAGUGAUUUACGUGGCACGUCAUUUCAAUCAUCGCUGAAAAUAAACCGCAUGCUCGUCAGACGACCAUUUGCAUACAAUGAAAGUUUACAACACCCAACCAUCGCAGUUUUGCUAAGAUUCUCAUUUUCUUUUGACCACUCAGUAGUGUUCACUUUUUCUAAAGUAAUCAACACUUUCAAGCGAUAGAAUUCGUGGACCAACAUGUCCCGCAAAAGCUCGAAAUUUAAUCUUUCCUAAGCUUUCUUCGCAAAACGUGCAUGGCUUCGAUCACACAACAAUUCUUAGUCCCAGUUUCAAGGGUCUCUGCAAGGAAUUCCUGGCACAAUGACCUCCCCUUUGUGUCCUGAAUACUACAAAUAAAUAAAUAUUUUAUUGUGGUUUCUUUCUGCCUGACAGCUUGCUCAUGUGACUUUCAAGUUGGAGCAAGGCAAACCAGGAGAGAAGAUCUGUGAAGUAGCCUUGAAAGACAAAGUCAAAUUUAUAGUGUUAGGCAGCCGUGGCAUGGGAGCAAUAAGACGCACUGUUCUAGGAAGUGUAAGCACUUAUGUCAUCCAUCAUACAAAAAUCCCAGUUAUUUUUUGCCCUAAAGAUCAUAACUAA